CAUCAUGUCAUGGCGUUGUGUUUCAGACGUUAUCGGCCGCUAAACAUGCCCUAGUUGUCGCGUUGCACCGAUUUCUGUCGCGCAAAACACCUGGAAACCCUUCGCGGGUGUUGUGCAGUGUCCAGUGAAUCAUUUAAGAAGGAAUUGUCGCGAUGGCAGACCUCAGACUUGAUAAUUUCCAAUCUUGUUGUAGACUGUGUCUGUGCGAGAAGAUGGAUACUUUGAAAUCCGUUUUCGAUGAAGCUGUAGAGGACAGGACGUUGCCGCAGAAGAUUUCGCAGUUCGUUGCUGUGGAGAUAACACGGUCCGACAAAAUAACUACAAUGGUUUGUGAACAGUGUGUAAUCAAAGUCAAUAAUUGGCAUGAAUACAAAAAAGAAUGUAAGAGCAACCAAAGUAAGUUGGAACAAUGGCUAAAAUCUUCUUCCACUAAUGGAUUAGCAGAUAUAAGCCUUCAAAUUAAGGAAGAGCCAAUGAACGAUGGAGAUGACAGCAAUUGUGAUCGUCCGGAAAAUGAUAUUGUGGAGGUUCUGGUUAAAAACGAGCCCAUCGAUCCACCCGAUGAACCCAUGGAGGAGGAGUAUAAUGAGUUACCACCCCCUCUCACACCUCAUCCUCCAAACGGAACUGAUUCCGAAAAUUCGCAAGACGGUAGUAUCCCUGGUACUUUAAGUAAUAGACAAUGCAGUGUUUGCGACAAACUAUUUAGUAGUUCCGGGAAUAGAAGGAAGCACGAAAAACAAAUCCACGGCUUUCACCAACAUAGGUCUGGUGAAGUUACUCGAAGAAGGAGUCAAAUGAAUGAGGUUCCGAUAACAGUGAACCUCGACGAUCCUCUUGAGCAAGAUAAUGUUCAAGCAACAAUCGAUGGACAGCAAAAUCCGGAAGUACCCACACCGGAGCAACAAAAAAUCCAGUUUGCCGCAGGCUUAAAGUUGCUCCAAAAAAAUGCAACCCCAAUUUCUUGCGAGCCACUUUCUAAGAUAGAACUGAGCUAUAUCGAGAAAUGUAAAGCCAUGGUAAACAUGCACCGUACCCUAGAGUGUGCCUGUCACAAUGUAAUGCACCCCAACCUUAAAGGUUUACUUUCACACCUUAGAGCCCUGCGAAUAUGGUUUCCGGUUUUCACAUGUUACAAUUGCAUGAUAACGUUUACCGACAGAUCUACAUUCACUAGGCACAGCGUGAGGUGUCCAAAGUCUUCACUAGAGACAAUCAUUAAGUUGAGCAACUUGAAAAAGCGCAGUGAGGUAAAAACCAGGCUGUAUCAAAAUUUUAAAUGCACGUCUUGUAAGUUUAUGUACAGUUUUCACGAUGAUUUCUGUAAACACGUCGAUGAAGACCACUCUGUCUUUGAACCACCAAAGAAAUGUAAUUGCGGCAGAACUUUUGACAAUCUGGAAGACUAUAAGGAUCACGUUUAUGUGAGUUGUCUAGUUGAAUACUACUGUGACAUUUGCUUCAUUACGACAAGAACAUUAGACGACUUUCAGAGACAUUCCGCCGGAGUCCAUGAUAAUUCAGAAGGCUUCAUCUUGCUGCAAGAUGAUAACUACAAGAUGCGAAAAUCUUUAACGAAUAAAUCGGAAGUCUCCGAUGAAAAUGUCAUUGUGACAGGUAAACGGGAAAGGAGAAUGUCUGUCAAGGCACCUCUUUUAGAACCUGAUGAAGACGAAGAGAAAUCGAAGAAAAAAGUUUACUCAGAAAUUAUACCGUCAGGUUCCAAAAUAUGUCCCAUUUGCACCAAAGAGUACUCGUCACAUAACAACAUGAUUCGACAUUACAGAAGUCAUCUUGAUGUCUCUCCACCAAAGGCAACAACUGGAACAGGUGGUGAUUCUUUAUAUGCUUGUCCGGAAUGCGGCGGAAUGUAUACCACAGUAGAAUGGCAGCAACACUUGGAGGAGAAACACGAGCCAAAGACAUGUGGAGAAUGCGGGAAGAUCUUCCAGUUCCAAACAGAGCUGGAUCAGCACAGGAGUGUACAUUUGAACCUGAAAGUGUAUAGAGACUCUAAAACACAGUCAUACAAGACAUCGAUGCUGAGUCCUGGAUCUGAAGGAGAAGUCAUGCUUAUGUGUGAGGUAUGUGACGUAAUGUUCCCCACAAAAGAGGAGUUGAAGGAACAUAAGCUGACGCAUGAGAACGGAUUACCUAUAUUAGAAAACUUGGAAGAAGUAGAAUUAGAAACGAAAGAGAGCAAAUAUUCCUGCAGACCUUGCAACAAGGUGUAUUCUAGUUACGGUGGGAUUUGGGACCACAAUAAAAAGAAACACCCUGAAAAGAAAACUCCUUUUGUAGACGAAUGGCCAAAACAGUGCCCUCUGUGUGACAAAAUAUGUGCCACCGGCGCCGCCUAUUACCGGCACAAGCAAAUCCACGAAAAGGAACGAAUUAAUGCCGACAAUGCGGAAGUUACACCCACUAAAGCACCCAUUGCCAAAGGAAAAAAUGAGGAGGAAGAAGAGUCCUACCACACGUGUAAACGUUGCUUCAAAGUUUUCUCCUCAAAGUACAACUUGAAAAAUCACAUGAAAUCUCACGGCAUAAGUCCUGCCACCAAAAAAAUAGCAAAAAAAGUCUGGUGUGAGAUCUGCCACCAAUCGUUCACUUCCAAUGAAGCUAUGGAGAAGCAUAAGGAGGAGCACACGGUUGAAGAACAGUCCCAGCUGCCUAACCUAACCGAUGGCGUGGAAGGUAAAGUGCCAUUCAUCUUUACUUGUGAUGUUUGCGUGAUGACUUUCACUACCAAAAUGGCGUUGAAAAAACACAAGGAGAAACAUGCUCAGGAAACUAAACCAAAUGUUCAGAAGACUCAGGUGUACUGCAAGUACUGUAAGAUUGCUUUUGACUCGGUUGCUCAAUUAACCAAGCAUAUGCAUGUGGAACACGACGAGACUGCCAAGCCAAAAGUUAGUAAGGACAAACCGAGGCAGUUCACUUGUGGCAUAUGCAAGAAGAAUUUCCUAACAGCCUCUGCAUUGUCCACUCAUAUGGGUUGGCACAAGCGCAGCCCACAUACUGGCGGCGAAGGCAAGCCAGCUAAAAUAUUAAAACAAAACAAAAUAACCUCCAAACUAGCCAACACGUUUGUAAAGCAAGAGCCUGUCGAUCCCCCCGAAUUUCAGUGUGUGACUUGCCUGGCAGAAUUUCCGAACGAUACAGCUCUUCAGGUACAUAUUUUAGAGAAGCAUCGUAGCGUGAGUGCCAUCAUGCUCAUUCCUCGAUGUAACACUUGCAAUAAGGACUUCAAUACUCAGGACGAAUACGAAACCCACAAACGGCUGCAUGACUUCUUGGAACGCCAGAAACAGCACGAGUUGCUGAUGCAGCAAGAGUCCGGUGAGCAUGCUGCUGAUGGAAAACCUCUUGCCGCACAACCAAAGUUUAAUAAAGGAUUCCCCUGCAAGUACUGCAAUGCGGCGUUCAGUAGGGCUGACACCCUCAACGGGCAUGUACGGCAGUUCCAUAAGGAGUUUGUCCAGAACGAAUUCAAGUGCACGCAGUGUGACCGUAUUUUCGAUAAACAGAAUUCCCUGACCAUCCAUUUGAAAGUCCACGAGAAGCAGAAGACUUCGGCGAGUGUUACUACCAAACCGUUGUUUUGUUGCUCGAUUUGCAGCAUGGGAUUCGACUUACCCAAAGAUCUGAGGGCGCAUACGAUCAGCGCCCAUCCGUUCUGACGAAUAUUAUACAAGUAAUCUAUUCAUGUGACUUAUUUUUUUUUUAGUUGGUACCAAUUCAGUUUUUAGGUUUGUUCGAGGAGAACGCUCUGAUUUUCCCAUUGUUAUGUUCCACUGAUACAUUGAUGUUAUUGAUUUGUGCCUAAGAGUUAUGAAUAUAUUGUAUACUAAAUAUUAUGUAGGUAUUUUUUAUAAAAUAUAUCGUGUUUAAUAAAAUGAUAUUUUUUAUGACACUGAUAGUGCAGCAGCAUCAAGAUCGGGUAUUUUGUCCUUAUUAAUACUAGUAUAAGCAGAAGUGAACAAUGUAAAUAUCAAAAAGAACUGUAUAAUGUAAUUUAUAGUAGUAUUGUGGAGUAUUUGGAUCGUUAUUUUGAUAUUCGCAUGUGUGCAAGUGUUUAAUAAAGUGUAAAGGUAUUAUUAUAAACUUGCAUAUUCGUUAAUGAAGUAAAUGAGCAUAAAAUAGCGUUUCAACUUAUUAGUGUUGGGAAAGUAAAAUGAGUUUUAUUCGCAUAAUGAAGUGAUCAUAUUUAUCAGUAACUCUUGUUGUGGUCUAAUUGGUCAUCACUUGCAAUUUUGUAAAAGGUAACAUUGUGAUAAGUACUCAUUUAUCAUUUACGUUUUUUUACAUUUAUCCAUUGGUGGCUGGUAAAAACAAAAUUGUCAUACCUAUUUUGAAAAUGUAGUGAGGGACCUAUACCGUUUUUUAGGAGAUAAUUUCUAAGCCCACAAAAACCACUUUUAUGAAGAAAUUUGCAUAAUAAAAAAUUAAGGUUUACCGGCCUUGGGAUCUCAAAAAAAAUUACACAUUUUUUUUUGUAAUUAACGUACAAACGGCUGUUUCCUUAUUCUCAACAUUUUCAUCUAUUAUAAAGUUACAGCAUUAUGAAGUGUUAGUAUCAAAUAAUUGAAAUAUUUUUAAUUCUAAAGAAAAUUUAAUUUUUACAAAAAUGAAUAAUGGUUUAUAUCCAUCAGUUGAUUAUGACAAAUAAAUAUGCAUAAGAAAACAUGUGCAUCUUUUUUUUUGGGAUAUCAUAGAUGGAUCUAUUUUAUUUUUUUAAUUAGCAAAUUCCGUUAAAAUGUUUUCAUAACGAACGUUUUUUUUUGAGCAUAGAAAUUAUCCCCCAAAAAAUGGUAUGGAUCUUUCUUCAUUAUUAAAUUAUGAUCCCUUUAAUUUUCAUCAGCUGGCAAAGCAUUUAUCACUGUUGAAUUAAAGUAACAGAAAAUAAAUUUUAAGUUAGUACUUCCCAAUAAUUUAUUUAUAUUAGAAUAGUGUGUACAAGCACAGGAAACCGUACCUUCUUUGAACAAAUUUUCUGUUAUAAACCUUUUUCGUUAAGUUGAAUAUACAUCUGAGAUAAAAACUCUUCACAUUAACGUAUGUUGAUUAUGUUACUUUGUUUUUUAAAUUAAACAAAUAAAUUCUGGUUUUA